CUGAGAUAUAUAGGCGUGUUUUAAACGCGUAGACGUUUUGGUGGUAGGCGGAGAAAGAAACUGUAGACGUUUUUUCUCUUUGGGUCUGAACGCUUGUGAAUACAAGUCAAGGGCCAGGGGAGAAGACGGAGACGCAUCAACUAAAAACCCAAACUGCCAUUGCUAGUAAACUUCUCCUUCUCCUUUCUUUCUUUCUAUCCGUUCUUGAUUUGGUCAGAAUUACUACCAAAGUUCUGAGAUUGGAAUUGCUCGCUCUCAUUUCAGAUUAGCCCAUUGAACCCCCGAACCCUCUUUUCUCUCCGGUGGCUGAUCGGAAAACUCCUUGCGGCGGGUUUUCUUGCAAUCGAACCACAACCUGUUAAAAAGUGAAAGGAAACUACCACCAUGAGUUGCUUUGGGUGUUGCAUUCAUGAAGAUGACAUGCAAAGGAUUCCUGACAAUAAUGGAAAGUACAUGACUCAUAGCUCAGCAGGCCCUACGGGUCAACAUGCUACUGAAAGUGCACAAAGAGAAACACAGCCUGUAAACCUCCUCCCUAUCACUGUCCCUGCCAUCUCAAUUGAUGAGCUGAAAAAAGUCACAGACAAUUUUGGUACAAGGGUUUUGAUUGGUGAGGGGUCAUAUGGAAGAGUAUAUUAUGGUAUUCUUGAAAGUGGACGAGCUGCAGCCAUAAAAAAGCUGGAUUCCAGUAAGCAGCCUGAUCGGGAGUUUUUAGGACAGGUUUCGAUGGUGUCAAGACUUAAACAUGACAAUGUGGUUGAGCUACUGGGCUAUUGUGUGGACAGUGGUGCUCGUAUAUUAGCCUACGAGUUUGCUCCAAAUGGAUCUCUUCAUGAUAUUCUUCAUGGGCGGAAAGGUGUGAAAGAUGCACAGCCUGGUCCUGUGCUGACGUGGGCCCAAAGAGUAAAAAUUGCAGUUGGGGCUGCUAGGGGACUUGAAUACUUGCAUGAAAAGGCCCAACCUCAUACUAUUCACCGUGAUAUUAAAUCUAGCAAUGUUUUGCUCUUUGAUGACCAUGUUGCUAAGAUUGCCGACUUUGAUUUAUCAAAUCAAGCCCCUGAUAUGGCAGCACGCCUUCAUUCCACUCGUGUUCUUGGGACUUUUGGUUAUCAUGCACCCGAAUAUGCAAUGACUGGUCAAUUGACUUCCAAGAGUGAUGUUUAUAGUUUUGGGGUCGUUCUUCUUGAACUUCUAACUGGACGCAAACCUGUUGAUCAUACUUUGCCUCGUGGACAACAAAGUCUUGUAACAUGGGCAACACCAAGGUUGAGUGAAGACAAAGUGAAACAGUGUGUUGAUGGUAGACUGAAUCAAGAAGAGUACCCUCCAAAGGCUGUAGCGAAGAUGGCAGCAGUUGCUGCCUUGUGUGUGCAAUAUGAAGCUGACUUCCGACCAAACAUGAGCAUUGUGGUAAAAGCUCUUCAACCUCUAUUGAAUCCCCGAACGGGGCCUCCGGUUGAGCGACAGAACUUGUGAAUUCUCUUUCUUUACCCCCCCCCCCCCCAUGCCUUAAAGGUCCAGGUUAUUGUCGUGUACUGUUCUAAAAACAUAUGAAUCGAAGGAUGAUUCAAAUGCUGUGUCAUUCAUGUGGGUUUUGGUUUCUUUUCGCCAUUUUUAUGCAUAUAAUCGUUAUGUAGAUGAAAUGACCAUAAUUGUAUUGUAUUUUUUAUCAAACAAAACAAUAAUAUUUCAACUGAGCAUUAACCCUUUACUUUCAGUAUAGAAGUAUUUUUUACUCCGUGCAAUGGAGCC